CUCGCCGGAGAGGCAAAGUAGGACACACAGCUCAGAUGGAGAACAGAAAUCUCCGAGUGAUUAAUGAAUUCCAGCUCUAGGUCGGAUUCUCAGUUUUACAAUGUUCGGCUCAUCUCGCGGUGGCGUCCGCGGAGGACAAGACCAGUUCAAUUGGGAGGAUGUGAAAAGUGAUAAACAACGGGAGAACUAUUUGGGGAACUCACUUAUGGCCCCAGUGGGAAGGUGGCAAAAGGGCAAAGAUCUGACGUGGUAUGCAAAGCAGAAAUCUGGUGCAGGACAGAUGUCAAGAGAAGAGGAACUGGCUGCAGUGAAACAGGCAGAAGAGGAGGCGAUGAUGGCUGCACUAGGUUACAAGAGCAUAAAACGUAAGCCCACGGGUCUCAGCAAAGAGGAAUUCGCUGACAUCUGCAAACGUGAAGGGUCUGAACGAGAUGAAAAGGAUGUAGACAGAGUCCUAGGCUUGGGAAGCUCGAGCACGAACUCCAGCCGACUCAUGCUUUCCAAAGAAGACGUAGAGGCAACAAAAAUGGGCUUCUCCAUCUUUACCCAUCAGAAAACUGGAAAUGGCCAAGAAAUUGUGACUGAGAAACAGAAGCCUGAAGCAGCUGAGGAACAAAAGAAAAGCAGAUCUGAACAUAAAAAAGCCAAGAAAGAGAAGAAGAAAAAGAAACACAAAGGAAAGAAAAAGCUGAAGAAGGAGAGACGUCACAGGGCCGACUCAACUUCCUCUUCGUCUUCUUCUGAUGACCGAGAGAGGUGGAGAAAAGACGGCCCCCCCACAAGCCAUCCAUCAUCGUCUAGGCAGAUUGGAGCCGGCAGGCAUGACAGGCAUUCAUCAGAGGAGAGGGACAGACCAAGACCUCGCAGUGAUCGCUACCCUGACACCCAUUCUUCCAGAGAGGGCUCUCCUCGCCGGCUGGCACGACCCCCCACAAGGACAAGAAGUCCAAACAGUGACCAUAGGCGCUCACCUCCCCGAAGAAGGAGGAGGUCACAGUCUCCACGUGAAGCCAAGCGGCGGCACGACACUGACUCAGACGAUUAAUUGCAACAAGCGCACAAUUGGGUGUUUAUCGGACUUGGGGGGGCUCGGACCACCGUCUGCUAUAGAUUUGUGACCCCACGACCAAGGGUUAUGUAGAGUCCAUCAAAGUGUUCUCAGUACUUUCAGGAGUGGAAAUCUAUGGGGACAUUUACAGUUCUCAAAGUCCCAUGAUCACCCAGUUUUAAUGUGCUGUUAUAUUGAACCAGCUGUGAAUGAACUGGAGUUAACAAUGUAUAAUAGACAUUUCCAAAAUAUUAACAGAUUCAUGCGCUCCCGAAAAGGCUUUUUCAGUAUUUCUUGGUUGAAUAGUUAUUUUUUUAUCCAGAGAAAAUGUAAAGAGUUUGACUACUUGGAUAAGUGAGCGCUGGGGUAGUUUAGUGUCAAUGAUUGAGCGUUUUUCUUAGUUCACUAUAGGGGCUUUUGGGAGUGUGCCUGUAGAGUGGCAGCUUUUUACCCUAAUACUCACACCUGCUGUGUCCACUUUUAGAAUGUAUUUCUAAUGAUGGAGCGUUGACUCCUUCCUCCUGCUGCUGUCACACGUAUUGCAGGGCAUUUAUUGGAAGCACAAAAAUGGUAAUCGGUGCAAGAAAACGUCUGAGUUACAGAGACUCGGCAGGGAACUUAAUCAUAAGCUUAUGAGAGGUUGCUGCUCUCAAACUGUGAUAAAUCUGAUAUAUUUCAUGUUUUGCCAUUGAAGGCGAUGUUGGAUUUUUUUAGAGUCUCAUUGCUUAUUCCCAGACCAGUGACAAUGCCCAUUCACACACUGAGCAUUCCAGGCCCAGUUUAUACAGGUUUCUAUAGCCCAGGAAUUAGUUCUGCAUGGACUGAUUGAUUAGAUGUUCCUUGAAGAUAUUUUGUAGUGCAGUAGAUGAUAACGUGGGGGUAGGGAGGAUGAUUCUUAUCAUCUUGCUGCUCUAUUUAACUUGUCACCCGUGCCCGAUGCACCCCACACUUCACAGAAAAGGUUAACACAAGUCACCAAUGACAGAAAAUGCUAUAGCCACACUCAUUUUAAAGGGCAGAAGACCUUUUUAUACACGUGGUUGCAAGGUUCCAAAAGAUAUCAUUCCAGUAAGUGGUUGUAGAUUUAUUUUUUUAUAGUUUAAA